AUGGCUUGCCAGUGUUUCCUAGUUGGUGCUGGAUACGUGGCGCUGGCCGCUGUCGCCUAUCGUAUUUUGACGAUUUUCUCCAACAUUUUGGGACCAUAUGUGCUCCUUUCGCCGAUUGAUUUGAAGAAGAGAGCUGGAGCUUCGUGGGCUGUUAUCACCGGAGCGACUGAUGGAAUCGGAAAAGCUUACGCCUUCGAGCUCGCCCGCCGUGGCUUCAACGUCUUCAUCGUCUCGCGUACCCAAUCGAAACUUGACGAAACCAAAAAGGAAAUCCUCGAAAAAUACCCAAAUAUCGAGGUCCGUACCGCCGCUUACGACUUCACCAACGCCGCUCCUUCUGGAUACAAGAAUCUUCUGGAGACACUGAACAAGGUGGAAAUUGGAGUCCUCGUGAACAAUGUCGGUCUGAGUUACGAGUAUCCAGAUGUCCUUCACAAGGUUGACGGAGGAAUCGAGCGUCUGGCCAACAUCACUACGAUCAAUACGCUUCCACCAACUCUGCUCUCCGCCGGAAUCCUCCCACAGAUGGUUGCUCGUAAAGCUGGAGUUAUUGUCAAUGUUGGAUCGUCGGCCUCGGCCAACCAAAUGGCUCUAUGGGCUGUCUACUCGGCUACCAAGAAAUACGUUUCCUGGCUGACAGCAAUCCUUCGCAAGGAAUACGAACACCAAGGAAUCACCAUCCAAACCAUCGCCCCAAUGAUGGUGGCCACCAAAAUGUCCAAAGUGAAAAGAACCUCAUUCUUCACGCCAGACGGUGCCACUUUCGCGAAAUCCGCCCUCAACACUGUCGGAAACUCAUCGGAUACCACUGGAUACAUCACUCAUCAGCUCCAACUCGAGGUUAUGGAUCUGAUCCCAACCUUCAUUCGUGACAAGAUCCUCACCAACAUGAGCGUCGGAACUCGUGCCGCCGCCUUGAGAAAGAAGGAGAGAGAAGCCAAGGCUCAAUAA